UAAUGAAUCUGCUUCUUCUUUACUACUGCCUUUGAGAAAAACAAGCGAAAAUCGGUCGCGUUCUCCCACCGAUAUCGAUUCCUCAAUCCAAUAUCAAAUUCCCAAAUCAAAAGCAAAUCUGCAACUUUUUUCGAUUAUUUUUCGUUUUGAUUUGGAAAGGGCUGUUUGUGAGCUGAGAAAACGAUGCAGAAAGCGGCGCAGGGAUGGUUCACGCAAGGGGGUAAUAGUGGGAGUGAUAAUCAACUCAAAUCGUCCUCUUCGUUGCUGGCUGAUUGGAAUUCGUACGCAGAAUCACAAGCUUCUGAGGAUAGCAGCUCCAAUUUGGGAAUCGGAUUCGAUCUCGAAAGUGCUGUUAGGUCUGCCAAUGAAACCGUUUCAGGAACUUUCAGCGUGGUUUCGAAAGGAGUGAGAGAACUUCCCGGAAACUUCCAGUCGGCCACUAGUAACGUUCCCUCAGGAAAAGCCCUGAUGUAUUUUGGUUUGUUUCUAGCAACUGGGGUUUUCUUUAUCUUCAUUGCGUUCACCAUGUUCCUCCCUGUCAUGGUUCUUAUGCCUCAAAAGUUCGCCAUCUGCUUUACUCUUGGCUGCUGCUUCAUCAUUGGAUCCUUCUUUGCACUCAAGGGUCCACAGAAUCAGCUUGCUCAUAUGUUCUCUAAAGAGAGACUUCCUUUUACCGCCAUCUUUAUUGGUAGUAUGUUGGGCACUUUAUAUGUUUCCAUGGGGCUUCACAGCUACGUUCUCUCAGUGUUCUUCUCUGUAUUACAGGUUCUUGCACUUGCAUACUACGCUGUUUCCUAUUUUCCUGGCGGGUCUACUGGGAUGAAGUUUCUGUCGUCUGCUCUUACGUCGUCGGUAAUGAGAUGUUUCGGUAGGUGAUCUCGACAGUCAUAUGGCUUAUGCUCGGCACACUGCACAUUUCUCUACUGAUUAGAGAGAUCCAUGUUAAUUUGAGUUAUUUUUUGUUGGAAAUGAUGCAUAACAUGUUGGUGUAUGUAGAAACCAAAAAUAUUAGCAGCAGGCACCAUUUUUCUGUGUUGUUUUCUGAUU